AUGGAGGCAUUUAUUACGGUGUAUACAGGAGAGGUAUUUUUAUUUUGGCGUGGGCUGCAACCAUCAGUUAGUAUCGAAGACCCUGAGUUUGCCAAACAGAUACUAUCAAAUAAAUUCGGCUAUGUGAAACCCAAACUGAGGCCUACAUUAUUACCACUCACGGGAAAUGGAUUGGGCAUGUUAAAUGGCCUAGACUGGGUUAGACACAGAAGUAUUCUCAAGCCUGCCUUUACCAUGGACAAGCUCAAGGUUAUGACAAAGAGAAUGGCAGCAUGUACCAUAGACAUGAUUGAUGAUUGGAAAAAUAAGGCUCUUAUGGCUGACCAUCAAUAUAUGAUGAUAGAAAUGAGUGAAGAGUUUGAAAAGCUUUCAGCUGAUGUAAUUGCUCAUGUUGCCUUUGCGAGCAGCUAUGUUGAAGCAGGAGAAGUCUUUAAAGCACAAAAAGAGCUUCAAAAACAAUGCAUUGCUACUGUGAUGGACAUUGACAUCCCUGGCAGUCGAUUUCUUCCUACUCCAUCAAACCUUCAGAGGUGGAAGCUAGACAAUAAAGUGAAGAACUCACUAAAAUGCAUGGUAGAGGGGAGAAUAGAGUCGUUCCAAUCUAAAGAAAAAUUAGAUAGGUGUUAUGGAGAUGAUAUGCUUGGUUUAAUGAUUGAAGCCUCAAAAACUGCUAAAAAGAGUCUCGAGUUGAAUAUGGGUGAAAUCAUAGAUGAACUUAGAGAAGAGGUACUAAGAGAAUGCGGGAUGGGAAUUCCUGAAGCUGAUAUGCUUACCAAGUUAAAAUUGGUAAGCAUGGUUCUUUUUGAGACUUUGACGCUGUAUGGUCCAGUGCUGGAAUUGGAUAGAGAGGCAUCAAAAGAUAUGAAAUUAGGGAAUUUGAUGUUUCCAAAAGGUGUACAAAUAACAAUUCAAUUUCUAAAGAUUCAUAGGAGUAAAGAAUAUUGGGGAGAGGAUGCGAACGAGUUCAAUCCAUUAAGGUUAAAAAAUGGAGUAACUCAUGCUGCAAAACACCCUAGUGCUUUACUUGCUUUUGGAUUGGGUCCGAGAGCUUGCAUUGGUCAGAAUUUUGCGAUGCUGGAGGCGAAAGUGCAAGCCAGCCUCUCUCGAUGGAUUAUCUUAUCUAGGCAUUGCUGUGGUAGCUUGGCUAGCUGUUCUAAUGAGAAUGAUUUGGAAAGUAUGCAGCUUUGUCGUGUGGACUGUGGAGACCCUCUGCCUUGA